CUGCAAUACCUGGCAACAAUCAGCUGUAGUUCAGUCACAACAAUAGUGCGGGCCGAGCGAGUCGGGCUUUCUGUCAUAAACUGUAGGACGCCUAGCGUGUUUAAUAACAGAUAUUUCCCAGCCAGAAGAAGAGGUAAUAUUAAUUUCAGUGACUCGGCGGUUUUGCGCGCUGGGAGGCCGGGAGGCUCGCUGGGAGGCUCGGUUAGCUAGCCGGCUCGGGUGCGCUGAUCCGGGGAGACCGAGCGCAGCAGUAAACAUGCCCAUGUCAGUGAGUAAAGCGUGCCGGAGUCUGGCUCUCUCCACCUGGCUGCUCUCCUUCUGUUUCGUGCACUUGCUGUGUCUGGACUUCACCGUGGCCGAGAAGGAGGAGUGGUACACCGCAUUCGUCAACAUCAGCUACCAGGAUCCGGCCACCGCCGAGCUGAAGACGGAGAAGACAGAGAGCGGCCGCUACGGCGAGCACUCGCCCAAAAGAGAGGCCCGGGGCCCGGUGUUCAUCCCGCUGCCCGGCCACGACCGACAGGCCUGCGACUCCAGCAGCAGGUUCCCCAGUCCUCAGCCUGCACACGGGCCCUGGAUAGCGCUCAUAGCCAAAGGCAACUGCACAUACAAGGAGAAAAUCCGCCACGCAGCGAGCCUCAACGCCUCCGCUGUGGUCAUCUAUAACGUGGGGUCGAGUAACCCGAAUGAAACCAUCACCAUGCCUCAUGCAGGAACAGGAGACGUGGUGUCCAUCAUGAUCCCAGAGCCAAAAGGGCGAGAGAUCGUUGCCUUGCUGGAGAAGAAUGUAAGCGUGAACAUGCACAUCACCAUCGGCACACGCAACCUGCAGAAGUAUGUGAGCCGAACGUCUGUCGUGUUCGUCUCCAUCUCCUUCAUCGUGCUCAUGAUCAUCUCUCUGGCGUGGCUCGUCUUCUACUAUAUCCAGCGGUUCCGCUACGCCAACGCACGCGACCGCAACCAGAGGCGACUGGGAGAUGCUGCAAAGAAAGCCAUAAGCAAGCUCCAAGUUCGCACUAUCAAGAAAGGGGACAAGGAAACAGAGUCAGAGUUUGACAACUGCGCUGUGUGCAUCGAGGGCUACAAGGCCAAUGAUGUCGUAAGGAUACUGCCGUGUCGACAUGUGUUUCAUAAGAACUGUGUGGACCCGUGGCUACAGGACCACAGAACCUGUCCCAUGUGCAAGAUGAACAUCCUUAAAGCACUCGGCAUCCCGGCGAAUGCAGACUGUUCUGACGACGUCCCUCCUGACUACGAGCUGUCCGUCGGCGGCCCUCCCACCAACCCUGUGACUGGGGGCAGCGACAUGAGCAUGAGCGAGAGCUCCGUGGCGCUGGACCGCCUGCCACACCUUCACCACGAGCCCGAGUCCCUCACACAGCUUGAAGAGGGCCCCCGCAUCGCCAGCAGUGAGCACCAGCCUCCUCUGAGCAGCGACUCAGACACGUCCCUCAUCCUGCCGGUGGAAGUUAGCCUGUCUGACGUCGAGCUUUCUGCUGAAGCUGAGCAAGAAGAGGCCAAGUCCUGAGUCGUACAGCCUAGCUGCUACAGAGGCACAGCUUUAGAGGGGGCUCCUAUGGAGCUAAAUAUGGACCAGGACCAGGAUGGGGAAAAAAGAGGAAAAAAAAAAAAACAUAAGCAAUACUUUCGCCCAUACGGCCUCAUUGAGUCACGAAAAAGGUCUUCUUUUCUCACUCUCUCUGGUCACACCAGGUUGGUCUUGAUGUCUCUUCUUUAUUAGUCUUGCAUUACCACAGUGGAAAAAGCACACAGCGAGUUUCAUGAUAACAGAUUUGACUGCUCGGAAAUUCUGCCUUUUUAAAUUUUCUUGUGGGAUCACUGCCAAUAUACACAUAUAUUCCAGAAUGGAUAUAUCUAAGUUAUAUAUACGAGUAUGUAUAGCUGUGACCAGCCUAUUGCGUUUUGUCUCCGAAGCAGUCCAAGUGCAGUCCGAGUGCAGUCCAAUCAACUGAAAAACAAUGUUGUGUCGUGUCUCAAGUGUUCCCUUGAGAUGUCACCAGUGCUCGCCUUUCUAGCAUUUUUUUAAAUCUGGUUGCGUCAAACAACGCUUUUGUCGUCCAAGUGGUGCGUUUUGAAAAAUCCCCAAGCACAACCAUCAUCAAGAGAUUGAGAUGCGAGUGAGAAACGUAGAUUAUUCCAGAACCGAGUCAUUCACUUUGCUUAUUAUUGAGAAUGUUGGGUUUUUCUUAACUUAAAGAAACGUUGAACCCAGUUUGCUUGCUAAAUAUAUGAUUUCUCCGUCCGCAUUCUCCUUAACAAUGUGAACUUCGCUUGUAGGGAUUGUGUCUUCUGAAGUGCCACUUGAGCUCGUGAAGCUGAGUUUUCCUCGCAUUCAUCCUGUCGUGCCAUAUAAGAAAGACAGGUCUUUACUCAGUGUGAGGAUGAGCAGCGAUCACGUUGAAUGUUUCCUUCUUUUUUAACACGGCUGAGGAUUUCAGUACGAGCACUAGACCGAGUCGUCUUCUGCUUCUUUCCAAAGCAUCCUCACGCACCAAGUCUCCCUUCCUCCUCACAGAGGUUGGCUUAGAGCCCUUGGCCAAAUACAAUCAAGUCAUAACUUUUUGAUACACAACGUGUCGGCGCUUUGCUAUUUUACAGCGUGAAAGUGUCAGCUUGAAUAGAAUCGUCGUAGAUUAAUGUCAUGAAGUCAUUUUUUUAUUGCACAUUGCAUAUAGGAGAGCAGAAGUCUAAUGAACGACUUUUAUUUUAAUAUCAAAGUUUUAUUUUUCUAAAAAGAAAAAAAAUCAAAGAAAUGAACAGGCCCUGUUUACAGUCAGGAAAGAGGACGGUGAAAUAGAGAAAUCAGUCUCCCAUUUUUGCUUCAAAUUCAUUUGAUCAUCCAAAGAUAGCAUUAUUUAUUGCACGUCUCUGUACCUGUAUCUGUAACUGUCCUUCUCCUUCUCCACAGUAGAUGUUUUAAUCAAGCCUUUAUUCCAGCAUUCAAGACAAUUAGUGCGUCAGUGUUCAUUUUUCGAUUAAUCUUCUUCAAUACUAAGCACACCGUUUCAACAAUCACGAUGCACAUCAGUAUGUUCUAUAACCCUGACAAACGCAAGUGUUUCCUUUUUUCCUGCCUUGUCAGAGCUUUUUGUGUGCUGUUAUGUGUAUGUUCCACACAGGCUCUCAAACCAUAAUGCAUAUGACUGACUGGAACCUUCAUGUAUUUAUUUUACACUGAAUAAGUGCUGAAAGAACUGUGAUGGGAAGAGCUGUGUGCUGGCGGUGAGAAUUUAUGAACCUCUGAGAAGUUGCCCAUAUAACAAGAAAUUAAAUAAAACCACUUGCUUUUAUUUAUUUCAUGGUGUCACAAAAACUUAGUUUUUGAGAUACUAUAGCAGUAAACAGCACUGCAAAUCAUUGGCCGAGAGUGAUGUCACUGGAGCAGGUAUAAAUGGGCUAUAAAUGGGCUAUAAAUGGGCUAACGGCUAUGCUGCAUUUGACUUACCUCGGAAAUAGGAACUCAAAACCCACAAUUCUGUCAUUUUUUUACCUUUGUGUGUUCGAGCUACAAACAAGAAAAAAGAAUUGCUAUUUUGUUUACUGAUGAUGCUGUAAGCAGCCAUGUUUUUUUGACGUCACUUGCUGAACUCGGGGGUUGAGGAGACCGUCCCGCGUUCCCAAGUAGGAAUUAACGAGUUGAGGGAACAUUUUCUUUGGUUUUUCCUAGUCAGAGGUCAAAAAUUACAAGUCUUUUAGAUACAAAUAGACAUCAGUAUUCAGAUUAAUCAGAUUGUUCACUGUUAAAUGUCUUAAGGUAGUUUAUUUUGGAUUUUAGUAGAAUUAGGUGCAAUAGCACUCAAAACAGUCAAUAGGAAAAAUACAUAGAAUGGUAUGAAGAAGCAACGCUGGGGCUGAUUUCUUUCUAGCCCAGGCUAUAACUUCAUGCAGCCUCUCAGUGACAGUCGUGUCAGGUGAUUUUACACAGAGUAAAACACCCUCUAGAUCUGAUCUCUGUUUCUGCUGAUAUAUUUCAUACACAUCCGUAACACGUCAUCAGCAGUGACUGAGAAAUUGCCAAAUGCCUUUAGAGGAGAAACUUGAUAGUUGAUAGACUAAGCACACCUUGUCCAGUCAAAGUACAAAUUACAAAAAAAUGACAGACAAGAAAACCGUAAGUUUAGUGGGGGCUUUUUAUGCCUCCACAACUAGUUGUUUCCAGGUUCUCCGUGCAUCCAUCCCAGAUGUUCGUUAGUGCAAUAUCUCAAGAACAAAUGGAUAAAUGCUUGCAGGAUUUCUGUGGAAUUAUCACUGUAACCAGCAGAUGAACUUAGAUUAGAUUUUGGAAUUGAUCCAAACAGGGUCAAGUUCACAGCAAGAUCAAAUAUCUGAAAUAGUUUUUCUUUAAUAGCUUCCUUCCUGUUUGUUACUUACACGUUCACAUUCAGGAACUCAAGGCCCUUUUUCUGGCUAUAUAUCAUUUCUGCCAUAAGUCUGUCCAUCCAGGAGUCUAUGCGUGUGAUAUCUUAAGAAUCAGUGGUUGAAUGUUUGUAGGCUUUAUAUGGAAUUAUCAGUGUAGCCAGCAUAUGAAUUGCAUAUGAUUAGAUUUUGGAAUUGAUCCAGACAAGGUCAAGGUCAUAGCAAGGUCAAAUGUCUGAAAUAAAUUUCUUUCAAAAGCUUCCUUCCUGUUUGUUUUACAGAGAUGUUACUUUCACAUUCAGGAACUCAAGGCCCAUUUUGUGGCUACCAGUGAUUUUUGCCAUCAGUUCAUCCACACGUCUGUUCGAGAUUCUCAUUAGCAUGAUGUCUCAAGAACAAGUGGUUGAAGUGUUUGUGGGACUGAUAUGGGAUUAUCACUGUAACCAGCAGAUGAACUGAUCAGUUUUUGGAAUUGAUUCAAAGAGGAGCAGGAUCUAUUUCAUGAUCUUGUCUGAAAUAGUUUUUUUUUCAAUAGCUUCAUCCCUGUUUGCAUAUUUUGAGGGUAUUUGAAGCAGACAAUUUAGUAAGAAGAAGGAAUAGACUUGUGGGCAGCGGAGAGGCACCAUUGGUGUCGAGUUCUGCUUGUUUGUUUUGAACGAAAGUGUUAGAACUUUUCUCUUUAUGAAGUUUGAUAUUUAGAGGAAACACAGCAUGAAUCCAGUAGAGCAUUACAGACUUAAACAAUUUAAUAUAAUGAGAGCUGCUGUGUAUCUAUCUGUGUUUGUGUAACAGUUUGCCCCACAUUCUUCUUAUUAUGCCAUCGAUAAGACCUCAUGAUAUGAUGCAUCGCACAUUCGUAACAGUCUGAUUGUUGUUAUUGAUAGAUAUUAUCAAUGAUUCUACAAUCAAACUAUCAAUAAUAUCAAUAAUACCACCACCAGCUGUUACUAGACACCACUGUAAACUGAAUAAUUAAGCACAAAUGAUACUAAUUUGGUCAGAUCUUUGGUUCUGGGUAUUGACAUCACUCUCGGUCAUAUAGUUAAAUAUAUCUACCAGCACAAACAAUUUUUUAUGGCACAAAUUAGCACUAUAGUUUUAUUCAUUUUCUUGUUAGAUAGGGUACCAGCUUCACAGAGCUCCAUGAUAAUGAUAUUAGCAGGAUAAUUAAAAGCUUGUAUUGAGUUUAAUAUUCAACAGUCAGUCAAUAAGCACAAGGUAUAGUAAAGUGUUACUUGAAAUUCAUAUUGGUUUUGCUUUUCCCCUACUCAUUUUUAAUCGCUCUUUGUAUUUAAAUAUAAAGCCUUGCUAUUUGCCAGGUGUUUUCAUUUAAGUGUCAUGCUAUAUGAUUAUGUUACUGUUACUAUGUUAAUAUGUUAUCGUGGUGCUCAUUGUGUAAUUUAUCAUGAAGAGUAACUUUUCUGCUGACCCGUCACACAGCUUGCUGUAAUUCAGGUUGUGUAUUGCGACUCUGUGAUCUGCUCUGGAGUCUGGAGUCUUAGCUUAGAUUAUGUAAUCACACAGGGUUCAGCAUUGAUCGCCAAAUCCUCUUUAGUCUGACACACGGCUUACUGCGUGUGUGUUUAGAAAAGCAGCCCUUGUGAGCCAGUAAGAGGUCCUUCUGACGGGAAUGAUAGAAGAUUGUAGCAUCUACAUGUGCAUGCUUUAUUCUGUGUGUUUAUUUUGUGUGCUAUCUCCAUUUCUGGUGCUCAUUCAGCAUUUCCACUAAUACUCCAUGCAUUACUUCCCACAGUUCUUUAAUGAUCUAAACACAAUUGCUCCAUCUUUACGCUUAGAUUGCGAAAGUUACUGAUACACAGCAGGUUUUGAUUGUAAGAGUUGUGAGUCUUUUAGCCUUUAAUGCAAAAGAUAGGUCUGCCUAAGCGCCAUUCAGUGGUUUCAGUGAUAAUGAAGGAAAAUCAGAGACCCUCGGAGGCGGUAUGACGGCACAAUCUUGCUUUUUUUUUUUUUUUUUUUUGACUUAAAUGAUAACAGGCCUCAUUUUUUCAAUCUUUUCGUAAAGUUGUGUAAAUGUUUUCGUAGGCUAAACCAAAAAAAAAAAAAUCCUGCCAGGUUUAGAAAGGUUCAGUAAAGUUGAUUUUCCUGAUACUCAUGUGUGUAUGUUACUAAAUGCAAAUCAGCUGUAAAUUACCAAGUGUGUUCACAGAAAAGCUAAUUUACAUUUAGUGACACUCACAAAACCCUGAUUUACGUUUAGUCAUGCCCACGUCUCACAGAGAGCCGAAAAUUGACUACUAAAGCCGAGUGCACGGUACACGACUUUCAAAAUCUCAGAAUCACUAAGCUUUUCACACUACAUGACUUGAAUCCGAAGUGCACAGUACAAAAUCGCUCGCAGAUGAAAUGCACACACUUGGAGAAAUCUCAGCUGAAGUGCGCCUCAUCCCCAAAUCUCACUUUCUCACGAAAAAUAAGAUGAGAGAGCUAUCAUGACUUUGUGAUAUUUGUCACUAGUUUGUACUGAAAUCAGAGAAUAUGUAGAGGAAAUAUUGAUUAGCUAUUUUAAAUACUGUGAGCCAGUAAUAAUCAUGUUGUGUUUGUUUUUAUUUUUGCUGGUUCAUUAGAGUAUGGCAUGCCAAACAAAUACUUAUAGAAACAAUAGUGUGCUUAUGUUAUGCCCUCACACUCUUGAAUACAUUGACGGAUGAUAAACUGGAUUCAGGGAUCUGCUGCGCAUAAGAUCAGAUAUAUUUGAUUUCCUUUCAGACUCUCACUAGCUGUUUUUCAGCAUUGUACAUGCAACUAGUCGCAGAAGAGGCUCACGCUACGCAAUUCAUCACUGCGAAAAUCAAACACGCUUGAAAAUAUCAGCACCUCAGCGAUCGCUUGCAGACUGGGAAAAACGCGCAGCUGGACGGUCAUCACAGGAGCAAACUUCGCUGAGAUGAAGGGUGUAGUUGCCAAGCGCUAAAAUGAGUCUGUGACUGGACUAUCAGGGCUAAAAUCAUGUAGUGUGCACUAGUCUUAAAUGGUGAAAGAGCGCCUCCUAACUGCAACGUGCUCUAAAUCUUCCAAUAACGCAGCUCAGCCAGUGCAGCAUGUCAGCUACCAUAGACACAUUGCACGUGUAAUUGAAAUAGAUAAGAAAUUUAAACUUGACAGUGUAAUCUGUGUAUAAAAUUGCAGUAACUCACGCCAAUUAUAAGAUCUGAAGCCAAUUAGUCGAGUUUCACGUUAGUGAGUCGCCUUAUACGUAAAUUUACACAAACUCACAAGUUCUCCUAGGAUACAAAUGUUUUUCCUAACUAACCCGAUUUUUUUUUUUUUUUUUUGAUGAAUACAAAAUUUCUUGUUUAAAUCGUCCUGCGACCAAUUUACGAAAAAAAUCUAUUCGUAUCCAGUUAGAUAAAUGAGGCCCACUAAAAGUGUAAGCAACAGUGUGCUGUUGUACCGUAACUUCCUUUCGGCACUUACACUACCACAGUCCUCUAAGUUUCAUCAUCUCAUCAUUUCAGUGCUCCUUAUUUCAGUUAAAUUUGUGUACACACCCUUUCAGAAAAGCACUUUAUCUCCGUGAUGGAGAGACGGUUACAUGAAACACAAGUCCUCCUGAUUAAACUCAGCAGGGUGAUUGCUAAUCCUGUAGCAUAAGCUAGUUACUCUAGGGCUACCGGUUUGCAUAUGGCACACGUUUAGGCGAUUGCAUCAGAGCUACAUCCAGUCGUAAGUUUAUUCCCCUUGAAUGACCAUGGGUUUUAAAGAUUGUUAAAUAACUUGUAUACAGUAUCCAGCGGAGUUCAACAGUAUUGCUAUUUUGUUAUAUAGAGGACAGUGUAAAUAUAUUCAGCCAUCUUGGUAUACUGUUCUAGUACAAUGUUGCACGUGUUUGAGUCUUUGAUUGUGAGGUACAAUAAAUUUUAUUGCAGUUUUUUUCCAAAUCUGUGUUGAGUCUUGUCUUAUUUGUUUUAGCAGUAAAUUGCUUUAUUAAUGGUCUUGUCAACAUCUCAGAGUUUAUGUCUGGAAAGAAUGCAAAUGUAGAAUGUUUAAAACCAUUUAUUCGGGUAUGUAUUGAAAUUUAACAAAUGUAAUCUAAAAUUCAGCAAAAAUGUGUAAAGGUCCAGUUACGUAAAAUUCCUUGCUUACAAAAAUCCAGAUAAGCACCUAACACAACGGAAUGGCGACACCAGUUCCCUUUUAAUGCUUAACCAUUAAUGAUUAGUGGUUGUUUGGUUUUGAGCUUAAUGUUAUCACUUUUUUUUUAAUACUAAUGCCGUAGACUCUGAACAGAUUAGCCAUUGGUUAGGAUUUGACGUGGAGAAAAUAAACCCAUACAUGCCUUUCAAUUCGUCUUUAAACAUUCUGUUGUCAUCAUUGAUUUUUUUUUUCUUAAACAAGCCACAUUGUCAGUUUACUAAUCGGACCUGAGAGGGUAAAUUAAAUGAAAAAUCUAUAGAAAGUCUGAGCAUUGUUCACUUUCUGAGCUGAUGUUUGUAGCCCUGUAACUGUUCUCUGGUCCGAUGAGCUUCAGCUAAAUAAUUGACAUAAAUGCAUGUGCUUAGAUAAGCGGAGGAUCUGCUGCAGAAGCCAAGCUGGUUCAUGUAAAACGCACAGAAAACUGAACAAUGUCCAGUUUUUUAUUCUCAUUACUGCCACUUCUACAGUAUUUUUCAAGUGCUCGGUUCAGUCCGCUGAUACACGUUGCUGGGUCCACAUCUGGCCCAUGUGUUCCACCAGUUAUUUUACCAAAGAGCCAAGAUGCUUCUAAAUCCCUUAUUCACUCUAAUAAAGCCUCCCUAAAGCAUUUCACAUUUCAUGUUUUAGGAUGCAGUAAAUGCCAUUUAAAACUUACAGAGAAAGUGACAUAUUAAGUAUAGAAUAUUUGUUUCAUGUGGAAAGUACAAGAGCCCUACACAUGUACUGUGUAAUUUCUUUCAUUUAUAUUUGUAGUGGUAUUUUUAUUUAAGUGGUAAACUCAUUACAUUCUAAAAUCUUGUGAGGAUGUUGGUGCUGACAGGAACUAUAACUAAUAUAUAUAAACAUUAACAUGUUUAAACCAUGUGUGAACUGUGACUUAGGGUUCAUCCUCAGGUCAAUCACUUAGAACUGAUGUACACAUUUGAAUUAAGUAAAUUCAAUUACCCUUUCUUUUUAUUUCAGACUGAUCGGUUAUUAUCUUAUUUUGGGUCAACACCCAGGAUCAUUUGUGGAAGAUGUAUGUAAAACUGUUGCCACAAAUAUGAAAAAAAUAAAACUCGUCCUUAGAUUCAUUCUAUUACUGUUCAUUUAAUUCAGGGUGGAUGUGGAUCCAGAGCUUAUCCUGUUGGGAAGUAGGAAGAAAACAAAGGACGUCCACUGGGAGAACAUGCAAGGACAGUAAACAGAGCUCUUGAUCAAAUCAUAUCCCUGGGGAUGUGAGGCAGCAAUGCUACCUCAGAGCAAUGCUAACCAAUCACAGACGCGUAGUAGCUCGUAUAUAAGGAACACGACUGUAUAGGGUAUUCAUCUGCCCGAUAUGUGGCAGUUCAAAAACAUGACAUGAUUUCAUUUUUUUUUUGAGGAAACAGUUUUAUUGCCAUUCCUCUAUAUAUCUAGUAUACAUCAGAACAAAAUGUUGUUUCUCCAGGACCAUGGUGCAACACAUAACAGUACAGUACACAAGAUUACAUAAAGUGUAAUUAGCAAUUGCCUGGUUCCUCUCAAGGUUUCUUCCUCAUUUUGUCUCAGGGAGUUUUUCCUUGCCAACGUUGCCUCUGGCUUGCUCAUGAGGGAUAAAUUCACAUAUUUACAAUAUAUUUUUUGAAUCCAUUUAUUUCUGUAAAGCUGCUUUGUGAUAAUGUCCAUUGUUAAAAGCACUAUACAAAUAAAAUGAAUUGAAUGACUAAAUAUGGAGAAAAUGGGGUAAUAAUUAGUGUAGACUCAAUGUCUGAACAUCUAAGAAAAAGAGCAUCAGAGUUAAACGACCUACAGAAUUAAUUCAGGUUUAUACAGUACAUCCUGCCACAUGAUAACAUAUCUGGUUCCCAUUAACUGUCUGUCUCUCUCCGGGUGUGCAGUUGUUUCCUGGCAAUGUCUAUCAUCUGGAAAAGGUUUUGUUUCCUUUACAGCACAUCUUUGGUGAGCUCCAUCUUUCCACCAUGUCAUUCGAUUGGCCCUCGAGUAAACAUGGCCACGUGGUGAGCAGCUGUCAAGACCACUGAGACUA